CCGAGGCAGGUCUGUUGUGCGUUCUCUCCCAUUACAUACUGGAUAUGAUCAGCAGCAGACAGCCCGCAUCCUGUGUUAGAUAAAUCUCUCUAUCUGUACUAGUUUUGGGGUUAGUUAGUUAACCAGCUGAAGCCGUGUUUGGUGAAUGCGGUGCGGUUGAGUGGAUCUGAGCAGGAUAGCUGUGUGUGCAGGGUUUACGCCUUCUCUUUUGUCUGUGUUGAUGAAGCAAACUGGUUUGCAUUUAACCGGAAGAUCUUCUUGCCGACUGUUUAGUAUUUUUGCGUUUCUGUGACUGCGGUGUGAAGCUGCAGUUUAAACAGCAGAUCCUGUACAAUCUGUUUUUGUGUUUGUUUGUUUUUGCGUUUCGUUGAUCUGGAAAGCAUUGCUCAGCAAACGGGAACAGGUCCUGGUUGCACUUUGGUUCAGGUGGAUGUUGUAGCUCCAGCUCUAAUGGUGGUGCUGAGUUUGGCGGGACACUGAGAGGAUUACUUUCAUCCCUCUCCCCCCUUUUACCUCUCCUCUUUUAACUACUUCAUCAUGUCGGCCCUACAGACGAUUUGGCCUCCAGGAACUGAGUGUGUGGCCAGGUACAACUUCCCUGGCACCACCGACCAGGACCUGCCCCUCUGUAAAGGAGACGUUCUUACUAUUAUAGGAGUCACUAAGGAUCCAAACUGGUACAAAGCCAAAAACAUAGUGGGACGAGAGGGGACCAUCCCAGCAAACUAUGUACAGAAAAGAGAAGGGGUGAAGUCAGGCGGGAAGCUCAGUCUCAUGCCAUGGUUUCAUGGUAAGAUUACACGCGAGCAGGCUGAGCGGCUCCUCUACCCACCCGAGACAGGGCUGUUCCUGGCGCGGGAGAGUACGAACUACCCCGGCGAUUACACGCUGUGUGUAAGCUGUGACGGCAAAGUGGAGCACUACCGCAUCAUCUAUCACAACGGCAAACUCACCAUCGACGAGGACGUCUUCUUUGAGAACCUCAUGCAGUUAGUUGAGCACUACACCAAAGAUGCAGAUGGGCUGUGUACCAGACUCAUCAAACCCAAACUCAUGGAGGGUACAGUUGCAGCGCAGGAUGAGUUCUCUCGAAGUGGAUGGGCACUGAACCGCAAAGAACUGAAACUGCUUCAGACUAUAGGGAAGGGUGAAUUUGGAGAUGUGAUGGUGGGAGAUUACAGAGGAACUAAAGUAGCUGUGAAGUGCAUUAAAAAUGAUGCCACGGCACAAGCCUUCAUCGCCGAAGCUUCAGUCAUGACGCAACUGAGACACAAUAACCUGGUGCAGCUGUUGGGAGUGAUCGUGGAGGAGAAAGGGAGCUUGUUCAUCGUCACGGAGUACAUGGCCAAGGGCAGCCUGGUGGACUAUCUGCGCUCCAGAGGACGCACUGUGAUUGGAGGAGACUGUCUGCUCAAAUUCACAAUGGAUGUAUGUGAGGCCAUGGCCUAUCUGGAGGCUAAUAACUUUGUGCACAGAGAUCUGGCAGCUCGAAAUGUUCUAGUGUCAGAGGACAACAUCGCCAAAGUCAGCGAUUUUGGUUUGACCAAGGAGGCAUCGUCCACUCAGGACACAGCUAAGCUCCCUAUUAAAUGGACGUCUCCUGAAGCCCUGAGAGAAAAGAAAUUCUCCACUAAAUCUGAUGUCUGGAGCUAUGGGAUCCUGCUCUGGGAGAUUUAUUCGUUUGGUAGGGUACCCUAUCCAAGAAUUCCUCUUAAGGACGUGGUUCCUCGUGUGGAGAAGGGAUAUAAGAUGGACGCUCCUGACGGCUGCCCGCCUGCUGUGUACGACGUCAUGAAGCAGUGCUGGACUCUGGACUCAGCCCUAAGGCCCAGCUUCAGAGUACUGAGGGAGAGUCUACAGCUCCUUCAAUCCAACGAGCUCUACCUGUGAGAGUGCAGCUGCGAGGGUACGGACAUUACGGACGGACACAAUGUGUGGACACAGGGCUGCAGAUCUGGGAGUGUGGACACAGAGACUGUCUGGACUGCACACGUCCACACAGGAAAGAAAGAAAAGACUGUGGCCAAAUUCUUUUACUGAUUCCUAUAUUUUUCUUGUUUCCAUUUCUUUGUGCCUUCAUGAUUGAUUUACAGAAUCGGGGAGGCUGGCCUUCUCUCGUCUACUCGCCUUCAUUUUUAUUUCACCCUCUCCAGCCUCUGUUAGUGUCUCUCAUGCAUGAACUGCACAGACACUGAUUCCUCUGCUUCACUGAAUCACACGUCAUGUGCUCAUGUGUUUGUUCAAAUGAACACAGGUAUCAACACAGUCCAGUGUGUAUGUUCAGAUGUUCGUCUAUAAGUCUGCAGUGUACCAGACUCCAUUCCUGACCGUGAUCUAUGGUUGCUUUGUUGAUUUUAUAUUCAGUUUACGUCUUAAAAUUUCAUUUCUUUGUCUUUUUGAAAAUCUGGUUUCAAUGGUCUCACUCUCUCCUAGAUAUAAGAAAAAGAACUGGAAGUGUGUUUAUGGGGCACGUGGGGACCAAUUUAUUAGUUAUUGAUCUAUGAUGAACAGAAGAGCUUUUUGUAUGACAAAUGUAAGAAAAUAAUGAUAAAAGAAAAUAUAAAGCUGUCUGUCUGUACAAGAUUA